UAAAUUCUUGAGCAGUAUAUUGUGGUACAGCUGUAGUUUGUUUUUAGAAAUGAUAUUAUUUCCAAGGUUAAUUUUAGUUUUCUAAAUGGCUGGUGCAAUUAAACAGACAGUUUCUCUUGUAGUCGUGCUCUUCACAGUGGGAAAGUGCUGUUCUGGUGCGAAUAUUCUAAUUCUUGGAAUGCCAUUUUACAGCCAUCUUUUUGGACCUGCAAAUCUUGGGCAAUUUCUACAAACUCAAGGGCAUAAUGUUCUACUUGCCAUCCCACCUCAGCUGAAGGGGAAACUAGAGAACCGUGGCAUUAAACUCUUGCUUUACCACAGCUUGGGUGAAUUUCCCGAAGAUCGCUUGCUGCGAGAGUCCAUUUUGAAUGGUUAUUUUACAACUACAUCAUUGCUGCAAUCAAUAAUGGUGCAGUCUAAAGGUACUGAUAUGACACAGAGAGUCCAACAAAUUGCGACAAAAAUAGUGACAGAUGUUAAUUUGCUUAAAAACAUUGAAAAUUUCAAGCCAGAUUUGAUCAUGUUGGAUUCUGGGCCAACUGCUGUUAUGUUUACUCUCAUACCAUACAAGCUAAAUAUUCCUUUUAUUAUGAUUGGAAAUGAGGAAUUUCCCCAGUGCACUCGAGUUCCUAUCCUACCCACUGUGUUUCCCUAUAAAAAUUAUCCUUAUACUGACCACAUGACUUUCUUACAACGCAUCACAAACACUUUAAAAUAUCUGCAAACAUAUCAGAAAUAUCCAUAUAUUAAUUUGUCACUUAUCCAUGAAUAUGUCCCAGAGAAACCGUAUAUUUCUCCAAUAGACCUUCAAGCCAAGGCACUACUUUGGAUAGUUACAGAGCAUAGUGUGCUUAGCUAUAACUCACCUAUAAUGCCUAAUGUAAGACGAGUUGCUCACCUACAGACGCUCGUACGCAAACCACUCCCACCAGAGUUCCAAUCGUUCAUAGAAAGUACAGACAAUGGCAUUAUCAUUGUUUCAUUUGGAACAGUACUGGCGUCUGUACCCCCUCAAGUAAAGGAUAAUUUUUUAGCAGCGUUUGGACAAACAAAAUAUAAAUUUAUCAUCCAAAGUGCUCUGCCACAAAAUAACCAGUCAGAUAAAUUCAUGUUCAGAAAAUGGCUCCCGCAGUAUGAUUUGCUUUGCCAUCAAAAGACAAAACUUUUCAUCACUCAUUGCGGAGCAAAUGGUAUACAAGAAGCACUGAUUGCCAGGGUGCCCAUAAUUGGUUUCCCAGUAUUUGCUGACCAACCACACAAUGCUGGCAUACUUGUGAGGAAAGGGUAUGGCUUAAAGUUGGACCUCAGGUCAUUUUCUGUUCAGGAACUGGUUUCUGCAAUCGAAGAAGUGACAGUGAAUCCUUCAUACAAAGCUAAAGUGGAGAAAGCUUCUGCCAUUUUGAAAUCUGAGAGGGUGCCACCUAUUGAAGAGGCAGCAUUCUGGAUUAACCAUGUUCUCACAUUCGGUGGUGAUCACUUAAGAUCUUACGCACAAGAUAUUCCAUUGUGGAAGUACUUUGGCCUGGAUAUAAUUGCUUUCUUCUUCAUACUCUGGCAUGUGUUUGUUUAUCUACUCAUAAUACUUUUCAAAUGUUGUUUCUCACAUUGCUGUGGAAGAAAGGAAAAACUGAAAGAUGAAUAGAAAAGAAAGCAUGUAACAUCGGCAUUAGAUCAUAUAUCAAUGUUAGGCUAGGUGGGCAGUUCUCCAAUAUACAUUGCUAUCUGUGAAUGUCUUAGUCAGCAGUAUUGGCAGGGUGUUAGCCAGGAUUUCAAAAGUGGCCGUCCAAAAUACCUUUGUGGGCGUGGUCACAAAUUUUUGUGGGCGUGGUCACAUGUUUUUGGGCGUGGCCGCAAUUUUUUGUUGCUGUGGAAUUGUGGUGUUCUAUUCGUUGAACCUUUUUACUUUUAGUUUGAGAUGUACAUUUCCGUCAUUAAAUUAGUAAAAGCACACGUAUGGCAUGAACCGUAUGAUUACACGCGUAAAAACGCUCAGGUUGAUGCAAUACUGAUGAAAACAGGAUUGAACAAUGUUUUGCUGCCCUGCCCACAUUGUUCAUAGCUGUCAACAAUAUUGAACAAUAUUGUUACACCCGAUUCAGGCUCAACAACAUUGUUAAAUAUUGUUGACAAGUGUGAACACCGUGGGCAGCAAAACAUUGUCCAGUCCUAUUGAGCAACGGGCUUGGCGUUUUUUGCCGUGUACUACGAUGUACAGUAUAUGCUAUAAUGAAGAACACAAUACAGCAGUGUAGUGCUUAGUUAUUUUUUAUCAAUGACCGAUAUUUCUUACCUUUUUUUAUGCGUUUGGCUCAUUUUACAGCCCCAUCUUUACCGUAACUGUAACUCUAAAGCACGUGACGCUCGAGCAAUAAAGC